AUGUCUGCUACCCAGGUUCCAACGCAACAACCGAAGUUGCGAUUCCUGCAAUCCACACUGCAGAACUUCCGACUAGUCAUCAAUCAUGUUGUAUGGCUAGCGAAAGGCUCACCCGUAUCGAUAAUCCUCGUCAUGGGCCCGACCGGGACAGGCAAGUCCACGUUCAUCAACUCGGUGAGCGGCUCCAAGAUGCGGAUAGGAACAGGUCUUCAGUCAGAAACCGCCGCGGUCGAGAGAACGGAGCCUUUCCAGGUCGGCUCACAGCGCGUCGUCCUCGUUGAUACGCCUGGCUUUGACGACACCAUGAAAUCCGACAGAGACGUACUCACUGUCAUCAAUGACUACCUUGCACGAUUGCACUGGGAGCACAUCAAGAUACAGGGCAUCAUCUACCUCCAUCGAAUCACGGACAAUAGAAUGGGCGGCACGGCGCUACGAAAUUUCAAGAUGUUUCAAGCCAUGUGUGGGCACGACGCGAUGCGAAACGCGAUCAUCGUCCUCAACAUGUGGGAUCAAGUAGGGAAGGAGGUUCGCGAGGCACGCAUGGCGGAGCUACGCGACAGCGACAUCUUCUUCAAGCCUGCUGUGGAAGCAGGUGCACGUGUGCUGCCUCACGAUAGCACACCAUCGUCUGCCGUCGCCAUAUUGACAUGUCUCCUGGAACGGAAGCCGGUAUCUCUUCAGAUACAGGUCGAGACGGUGGACGAUCAUAUGGCAAUCGCCCAAACAGCAGCAGGCAUGGCGCUUUUGGGCCAUUUGGGGACGAUGGAGAACAAGCAUGUUCAGGAACUGAUUCGCCUGCGCAAAGAGCUGGAGAGUUCGGAGGAUGAGAAGGAGAGGAAAGAACUGCAGGAGAUACGGAUGUCAUUGGAACAGGCAGGGAGGAAAAUGGCAGACGAACAAGUACGAUUGCAAGGUAUGAAGGGACCGGUCAGGCGACAGACCGACGAACCAGCACCGCCGCGAUGGAGACUGCGUGGGAUAGCACGUAUGGAUCGAAGGGGGACAGUGCCAUGA